ACGUUCAGAGACUUCAUCAUCCUUCGCGAGCUCGGGCGUGGAUUGUGCGGCACCGUGUACUUGGCCAAGUAUCGCUUCACCGAUCAACUCGUGGCGUUCAAGGUUAUGCGAAAGCAAAAGCUCAUUGACGUUGGAGAGAUUCGACACGCCGUUCGCGAGCGCGAGGUGCACGCGACGAUAAAUCAAGGCCCGUUCAUCGAUAAGCUUUUGCAUGCGUACCAGGACAAAUGGGCGUUGUAUUUAGUGCUCGAGUACGCCCCGUGUGGAGACUUGUUUCAGGCGAUGAAUUAUCACGGUUUGCCCACGCUGCAGGACGCUAAGAUGUACACCACCCAAUGUGCGCUGGCGCUCGAUUAUAUUCACAGAUGCGGGUACGUUUAUCGAGAUUUGAAGCCAGAGAAUAUUCUGUUGGACGUCAACGGGAGCGUGCGACUCGCUGAUUUUGGCAUGGCAAAGAAGUUGGACGACGGCGAACGCGCGUUUACAAUUUGCGGUACGGCGCAGUACAUGUCGCCAGAAGUACUGACGCACCGAGGCUGUCGAUUUGAAGCCGACAUAUGGGCGCUGGGGGUUUUGAUUUACGAGUUAUGCAGCGGCGGAACGCCAUUCGGCGCGGACAAAGACUCUCGCCAGGAGCUCUAUCGUCGAUUGAUGCAUCACCGUAACGAAAGCAUGACAUUUCCGCCCUGGUUCGACGCCGAUACGUGUUCCAUCGUCAAGUCUUUCCUACACGAAGACGAAACGCAACGCUUAGGUUAUGGUGGCGCUUUCUCGCUCAUCUUUGACCAUCCUUGGUUC